GUCUCGUGAUUUAUUUUUAUUUUUUUUUGCUUUAGACCUGCUAGCGUUAGCAGCAGUUCGCGUGCAGUUUAUUCUUAUCAUGGACACAACCUAAGAAACAAAAUAAACCAAUUAUUUUUUUUUUUUAGAAAAAGCAACAAACCACGCACAGCAAUUAAUCGAGACUUAAGAACAAGCUAAAGAUGUGGCGAAUACAGAGCUUGGUGGGGAGAGUUUUAAGCCGUUGCCAUGGGAACACGGCGUCUUUGCGCCUCUCCAACAGCCAUCACGUCGAGGAUGAAGUCAUCAGCUCCUCGUCGGUGCUCAGCACCAACCGGUCACAGAGAGGAGAUGAUCGAGAGAAGAAGAAAAACAAAAGGACGGCAGAGUACUGCUCUGCUGGACUGCCAAGAUACACUGCGCUGGAUGCGGUGGGAUGGGGUGCUGCGGCGAUUCUGUUCAUGCAGGUCUGCAGGAGGAUACACUCUCAGUUCUCCUCUGUCGGCGAACAGAACCCAGGAACGUCCCGCCUCACAGAUCCGAGCAUCAUCCCCAGAUGCACACACAAGCUCCUGCACGACAUGCUGUCGGGACACACUGUGCUGCCCCGUGGAGUGUGUGUGAUGGGUGUGAAUAAGGCGUUAACAAGUCCAGAGCAAAGCAGCAGCAGCAGCAGCAGCAGCAGCAGUGAUUAUAAUUACAGCUCUGGUGCUGAACCUGCACAUCCCAUCACUGACCAGCAGGGGGAGACAAUUCACCUUAAUAUCACAGAAUCACUCACAGACUGUAACCUUACCCAGACAGUAGCCUCCGAAUGUGAAAUACCACAAGAACACAAGACGUCCUGCUCUCUGGACGAGGCCGAGCGGAAUCUAAGAGACGUCGCAGGCAACAGCGUGCCCGUCAUCCUCAACAUCAUCGGUCUGGAAAGUGCUAAAGCAGGCAAUCAUAAAGCAGCUUUCGGGUGUUUUUGGGCUUCGGCGCAGCAGAGUUACAGCAAAGCUCAGUUUAACGUCGGAGUGUGUUAUGAGAUGGGCCGAGGAGUCGGGAAAGACCUCAGCAAGGCUCUGCAAUAUUACAGGUGUGCAGCCUUGGCAGGUCACACACAGGCUCAGUACCGCUGUGCAAAACUUCUCUUGACCAGCAGGGGGCAGCAGAGUGUCACGGACACCCACACUGCUACUGCUACAGCCAUCUCUCUUCUGCAGAGCGCUGCUGCUGCCGGACUCACUGAGGCUCAGCUGUAUCUAGGAGUGUUAUUCUCUCGGGAUCCAGACGCUGACGGAAGGGAAUCUGUUCACUAUUUCCGAAUGGCAGCGGAGAAUGGAGACAGUACCGGUCUGCUGUUUCUCGGACAGUGCUAUGAGAGAGGGUUUGGAGUCCCUUUGUGCUACACGACUGCAGUGUGGUAUUACGAGAAAGCAGCAGCUAAAGGAAACCAGCAAGCCAAGAGCAAACUCGACCUGCAUAAACGAGAAGCCCUGCGCUCUAUCCGUUCCGCUCCUUGUCUCUCGGACCUGGAUCGUCUUCCCUUGAGCUCCGUGUUUCCUCCAGCGCCAGAAGCAAAGCAACAGGUGGAAUCGCCGACUCAGCCUCUUCCUCAUUCACAGAGCACGGGCAGCCUCAUAGCGCCACCCCCUUUUACAUCUCACACACUCAAUGCUGGCUGUAGAAGUGGGGGCUGGAUUAUAGGGGUGGGAUAACACCCACCCAAACACACAAAUUGUCAAUCAAGCAUUGAUAUUGAGCGCACAAGAACAAACUGAUAAAGCGGUGGUAAUGGUGUUGACCAUUCUCAGCCAAUCAGAGUUAAGCUUAAAUGGUUUCAAGCGUUUCUAUUGGGUGAGGGAAAAACAAGCUAUGCUAUUUUAUCAGUUUCAUUUUCAUUUUUAACGAGCGUGUUAUGGACCUGUGAGGCGCAUCGCUGUAUUUAGCUUAUAUGAGUCUGAGGUUGUUCGAAUGGGUGCGUGUAGCACACUCUUGUUCCAGCACUGAUUUUAACGCCCCCCUUGUCCACUACCCUUUGCGUAAACAUGUCCUUAAGACAAAACAUCACUGUCAAGCUAGUAUGGAAAGCCAAUUUUAUAUCCCAUCCUCGUGUAGGCUCUGGUGUGACGGAGGUGUUACACACACUGACUCCAGAGGUGAGGUGAGAAGAGGAGAGGAUGGAGGGAGGGAGGAGCCAGUGAUAUGUUAAAAAAAAAAAGGUGUUUGCCAUUGCCUGACAGACUCUGUGAUCGUCUACGCCUUAUUCCAGUGGGUUCGUCCCUGAAGCUACUAGCACACAAAUCUAAAGUAGUGUCCCAAAUCACAUGCACUUACACUACGAUCUGUGUAUUCUUGCGUCAACCUUUUUUCUUUAUUAAAAGGAAGCCGUUUCCCAGUCGAUGGCAAAUGAGACGUAACGUCGACAUAAUGCUUUAGCAGAACACCUGAAAAUUUUUUAAUAUGUAAAUAAAUCAGUCAUGGGUUAAUUUAAAAGGCAUUUGUAAGUCCACCCGAGUGUUGUCAGCGCUUGGUAGCCCCGCCCCUUUGUGAGUGCUGAAUGCAUGAAGUGUGUAACAUUUUCUGCUUUAAUUAAGCGCAUCAUCCAGGUUCUUCUUGGAGUUUUUAAUGUGAACACACACCACUCAUACUGUUCAUACUACACAAGAGUAUUUGUGCGAUUUGGGACUUUUGUGCAUGAAGAUUAAACAAUAGCUAUAUUCUCAUUCUUUGGGACAUUAGGCCACGCCUCCUAUUUACGCACUUCAACAAUAUAAUAAUUGCACUUAGCUUUAAUUUUCAUUGUGGUGAAAUGUUAAGGAUAAGCCAAAAUAUAUGUGCUUUAUACAAUGUGCCUUGUAUUAAAAUAAAAACAACACAUAAGUGCACCUUGAUUGCAUUAAUAAUGAUAUAAUGAGAGUUUGGCUUUGUUUCCAUAACUCUGAAUGUUAUUUUCGUGGUAUUGUUUACUGUGAUCAUGUUCCUGUUAAGCUCUGUAGCCUGUUGGACGCACAAUUUUUCCAGUUUCCUAGCAAAUAAAGACACUUUUUCUACCAGUGGA